AUGGACGACUAUCAGGAAAUGGAGAGAUUUGGUAUGGAAAACGAUUAUGAUGAUGGUCAGUGGAUUGGAGGUGAAUUUUAUGGAAAGCGCAAACAGAAGGCUGCUCAGACCAAAGACGACAUCCUCUAUGGUGUAUUUGCCUCUGGCGACAGCGACUCUGACUCCUAUGAAGGGUCGGGCUCAAAGAAGCGCAGGAAAGAUCUAUCAAAGAAGCCCAACUUCACCAAGCCAGUCAAUUUCAUUUCCACUGGCACCGUCUUGCCCAAUCAGGAGAUUGAUCACAAUUCCUUGGAGGAGAAUAAAGAGGUUGAGGAAGAUGUUGUGAGACCUGCAGGUUUGGGUCUUGGAUCUUCUGCUGGCCUGGGAUUUGAUUCUGCCUCUUCAAAGAAUGCCAUGGAUGAUGGGGGAUAUACUCAGGCAGACAGGGAUGAAGAUGAUGGUUUCCUUCCCACUGCUUUUGGAAAGAAGAUCAUGGAGGGUGCCCAGCUGCGAAGAGAAAAAGAAAGAGAGAAGUCAAGGCUAGCGAAGAAGUCUUCUCUAGCAGGAAGUAAAGAAUUGGAACCUGGGGGUGUAGGUUCAUUUGAAAAGCAUACCAAGGGAAUUGGGAUGAGAUUGCUUGAAAAGAUGGGCUACAAAGGAGGUGGCCUUGGUAAAAAUGAGCAGGGCAUUGUAGCUCCCAUUGAGGCGAAGUUGCGCCCCAAGAAUAUGGGGAUGGGUUUCAAUGACUAUAAAGAGGCUAGUCUGCCAGCAUUGCAGGAACCAGAGCAAAAGUCCUUGCCUCAUUCCACUCAACCUACAGAGGGUGCUGCAAAAGGGAAGCUUUGGUCAAAGCAAGCUCAGUUGAAGAAGAAGGUUUAUGUAACAGCUGAAGAAUUACUGGCCAAGAAGCAAGAGCAGGGUCUUGAAGUUGUUCAAAAGGUUUUUGACAUGAGAGGACCACAGGUUCGGAUAGUGACAAAUUUGGAGCACUUAAAUGUUGAAGAAAAAGCCCGGGAAAAUGAUGUUCCCAUGCCUGAACUCCAACAUAAUGUUAGAUUGAUCGUUGAUUUAGCGGAGCUUGACAUACAGAAGUUAGAUAGAGAUCUGAGGAAUGAGAGGGAGACUGUUGUUGCUUUGCAGAAGGAAAAAGAGAAACUGCAAACUGAGGCACAUCACCAAAAGAAACAACUUGAUAGCAUGGAAGAGGUAGUGCGUGUAUUGGACCAAAUAGGUGAGGAGAGCUCAUCUGGAACUCUAACAUUAGACUCCCUUGCUGGAUCAUUUGCGGACUUGCAGCGAAGAUUUACUGCCGAUUAUACAUUAUGCAACUUAUCUUGCAUUGCAUGCUCUUAUGCGCUGCCGUUGUUUAUUAGAAUAUUUCAGGGAUGGGACCCCCUUCAGAAUCCAACACAUGGAGUCGAGGUGGUAUCCCUGUGGAAGAACUUGUUGCAAGGAAAAGAUUCUAACAGUUUCUCUGAUAUAGCAUCACCUUAUGCUCAGCUUCUCAUGGAAGUUGUAUUCCCUGCUGUGAGGAUAUCUGGCACCAACACUUGGCAAGCAAGGGACCCGGAGCCCAUGCUUAGGUUUUUGGAGUCUUGGGAAGAACUACUGCCUCCUCCCCUCCUGCAGACAAUAUUGGAUAACAUUGUCAUGCCAAAGUUGUCAGCUGCUGUAGACUCAUGGGAUCCACGCAGAGAAACCAUCCCAAUCCAUUCUUGGAUCCAUCCGUGGUUACCUUUGUUGGGGCAGAAACUGGAGAAUUGUUAUCACACCAUACGAAGCAGGUUGGCUAGUGUUCUUCAUGCUUGGCACCCAAGUGAUAUGUCAGCAUAUUAUAUAUUGUCACCUUGGAAGUCCGUGUUCGAUCCAACCAGCUGGGAGCAACUGAUGGUUCGAUACAUAAUUCCCAAGUUAUUGGCUGUCAUGCAUGAGUUUCAAAUAAAUCCUGCGAAUCAGAACCUCGAUCAGUUCUAUUGGGUCCUGAACUGGGCAACUGCCAUUCCUACUCAUCACAUGCUGCAAUUAAUGGAUAUUUUCUUCAACAAAUGGCAAGAAGUCUUGUACCAUUGGCUACGUUCAAACCCGAACUUCGAAGAGGUUACCAAAUGGUAUUUAGGUUGGAAGGAACUUCUUCCACCUGAACUUCAGGCGAGUGAGCAUGUUCGAUAUAGACUUAAUCUUGGUCUGGACAUGAUGAACCAGGCUGUUGAAGGCAUGGAGGUAUCGCAACCUGGUUUAAAAGAGAACAUGAGUUAUCUCAGGGUGCGUGAACAGAGGCAGUUUGAGACUCAGAAGAAAGCAGCUGCUCAAGCUCAACAACGAGCCUAUACAAACUUAGGUAGUGGAAUUCAAACAGAGGGUAUGAGUGCUGGACUUGAAAUGAGCUUGAAAGAAGUUAUUGAAAUUCAUGCUCAGCAAAAUGGUUUACUGUUCAAGCCUAAACCUGGCAGAACACAAGAUGGGCAUCAAAUUUAUGGAUUUGGUGACAUAAGCAUAAUAGUCGACUCCAUCAAUCAGAAGGUCUUUGCACAAACUGAGGACAAAUGGUCUCUCUUAGAUUCGUCUUUGGCACCAAAAGUUAGGGUUUUACAAGACAAGGAUAUUCUGGUCAUCCAAAUGGCAACUCUCAGAGGCCAUCACUAUUCCACUACUCAUCCCGGAACAGCAUGGUACAAUGAAUCUAAGAAACAGAGGGUACCUGGCUUCCGGAUGGUUAUUAUGCUUCUGAAGGUCAACAGAGAAGGGAAAGAUGGUUUAGGUUCUCAAGUUUACACUCGAAACAACAAAAAGUAUGGAACUUUCUAA